UGCCGACUGAGAGCCACUGCCUGUGGAUCCUCUCUCCGAAUAGCACAGCAGACGUUAUCGCCUCCAUCUGCCUUGCACGGAUGAAGUCGGGGUAGUUCGAAUAUUUUGGGCUUUUUUUUUUUUUUUUUUUGGCGUCAAAUCAAGAGCUCCCUUGGACUUGGAAUACCGGGCAUCAUUUGGAAGAAAAAAAAAAGAGUGAGCGAGCACUCUCCCACUCCGCUUGCUCCUGCUGCAGCCGGUCUUGUUGCUUUGGAAUAUACAUGCGCCAAACCAUGGAGAUAAUAUGACAUGGAUGAUUUAUGGUUUUUAGCAACCAACGCAACGACGGUGGCCCCUUUCUCCCCUUCUGUUUUUCUUUCCUUUACCCUUUUCGUGUUGAUCUGUUUUGUGCUUUCCUUUUGACUCAUGCCUAGUUUAUGAUUUAACGCCCCCAAUAGUCACCAUUCCUUUUUAAAAUUUAUUUAUUUUGUUAUAAUUCCACCCUUUUUUGUUCUUUUCAAUUUUACUUAUGGGAUACCUCGCCAAGAACAGUUGUGUGGAGAAGAUUUCCGGAGCUGCAUCCAAAAAUGAAUGAAUGAAUGAGUGGUAGUCUAUCUCGCUCUCUGCACCUGAAACGUGCCAUGGAUGAGAAACUUCAUUUGGAUCCACGGAACCGAUCGGGGAUUACUCGUUACAUCAAAUAACUACUUCUGACAGCGACCAGGACGAAUGUCAUAGGAUGAACACUGCUGGUGGGGUGUAUCUGUCUGUGCUGUCCUCUCUCCUGGCUGUGCUCGGGGCCCUGGCUGCUGUGUCUGCCCUCGCUCUGGCUCCUCUGUCCGCACUGGCCAAUGUUGCCAAUGGGGCCGCCGAUGUCACCCCCGGCACCGGGGUAGCGGGACCCCCCUCACCCAUCUCCACGCCCUGCUCCAGCUUGGUAACUGGGGUGCUCUAUGGCUCUUUCUCCCUAAGGGAGCUUUUUCCCUCCAGGGCUCCAGGGUGUUCCUGGUCCCUGGAAAACCCGGAUCCCACCAAGUAUUCCCUCUACCUCCGCUUCAACCGCCACCCUUCCAUCUGUCGGACGCACUCCCCCAUGCUGCUUUCCCUUGACCACCACCUGGCCAAUCAAAGCUGUCCGCUUCACUUAGAGGAGAAUUCAAUUCGGGAUCAGGAAGUCAUCGAUCUCUGUAGAAGCCAUUCCAACUCGGAUGUUCUUUACUCCUUCCUGCAGUUUGAUAAGAACUUCGUCCAAUUAUGUCUAAGCAGACAUCCAGCCGCAGACCGACCUCAGGUAUCCAAGGAUUUACUGGAGAUGAGGCUGGUGGAGGUAUUACUCAUUAACAACGAGAACUCAAGUCAGUUCACCUGCGGUGUGCUCUGCCGAUGGUUUGAGGAAUGUUUACGAACCGGUGAUCGCAAAGAAGAGGAUGUCCUGACACGGGAUGGUUGCGGAUUGACACAAACGGGCUGCAUAUGUCCAAAUCACAAUAUCAUGCCACCUUCUACUCCGCUGAUACCCGAAACAGCUCAAAGUUUCAGCAAUGGUUCAGGGGCUCCGGAUGACUGCUGUGUCACUGAGCUCCACUCCAAUGACCCAAUCGUUAUCGCGCCCAGAGAUGUUCGACAAGAUGCAUAUGAUGACGACAUGAAGGUGAAGACGCAAAGACCAAGAUCAGCUGACCAGCCAGGUGUGUUUCAAGCACAAACAGGCGACCCCGCAGCUGAGGAAUGGUCUCAGUGGAGCGUGUGUUCUCUGACGUGCGGACACGGCUGGCAAGUGAGGACGCGCUCGUGUGUUUCGUCCCCUUACGGUACACUGUGCAGCGGUGCCCUGCGAGAGACGCGCAUGUGCAACAAUACGGCUUCCUGUCCCGGUGAACCAGGGAUAAUAAGCUCAGUGCAUGGACUGUGGCACGAGUGGUCCUCAUGGAGUCUGUGCUCUGUGACUUGUGGGCGGGGCUCCAGGACUCGAACCAGGAAGUGUGUGAACGAAGGUGGGGCAGUGCCUUGCGGAUGGCCCGAGACGCAGACCAAACUCUGCAACAUAGCAGUGUGUCCUGUGGAGGGCAAGUGGUUGGAGUGGGGCCCGUGGUCAAGAUGCAGCGUCUCCUGUAACACGGGCACCCAGCAGAGGCAGAGACGCUGCAGCUCAUCCGUGCACGGCUGGGCCGAGUGCAAGGGCCCCCAUCAACAGAGCAGAGAAUGCACCAACCCUUCAUGCGCUGGCGGAGGGAACUGGGGGAGCUGGAACCCCUGGAGCCUCUGCAGCAAGACAUGUGACUCCGGGUGGCAGCGGCGCUCCAGGACAUGCGAGGGCAACGGGGAGCAAGGUUACCCAUGCGAGGGCUCGGCAGAGGAGGUUCGGUCCUGCAACGAAAAGAAGUGCCCCGCUCCUCACGAGAUAUGUAAAGACGAGAACCUCCUCACUAUCUCGUGGAAGAGAGCCUCAGCUGGCGAAACCGUGUACAACAAGUGUCCAACAAACGCAACUGGAUCUGCUAGUCGUCGUUGCACGCUGGACAAUAAUGGAGUUGCUUUCUGGGGUCCUCCGAGCUUCGCCAGAUGCGUCUCAGUUGAAUAUAGAUAUUUACAUAUAUCUCUACGAGAGCAUCUCGCGAAGGGUCAGAGGACCCUGGCUGGGGAGGGCAUGUCUCAGAUCGUAAGAAGUCUCCUGGAGCUUUUUCAGAGGAGGAGCUACUACAGUGGCGACCUUCUCUUUUCCACGGAGAUCUUGCGAAAUGUGACGGACACCUUCAAAAGAGCAACAUACAUCCCAGCUCCUGACGACGUGCAGAAAUUCUUCCAGGUAAUCAGCCACAUGUUGGACAUGGAAAACCUCGAGAAGUGGGAAGACGUGCACCAGGUCGUCCCCGGUGCUGCCUUGUUGAUGAGAAUUUUAGAAGAUUUCAUUCAUCUCAUUGGCGAAGCACAGAAGCCUUUCCAGAGUUUUUUAGUUGUUACCACCAACCUUAUGAUAACUAUCCAGCGAGAGCCAGUUUCAGCAGUUUCCAGUGAUAUUAACUUCCCCAUGAAGGGCCGGAGGGGGAUGAAGGACUGGGCAAGAACAGCAGAGGACAAGCUCUAUAUCCCGAAGGAGGUCUUCACUGUACCAAAUGAAGAGGCAGAGACAGAUUCAGAAUCAACGAUGUAUUAUGUCAUUGGCGCCAUCCUGUACAGGACGUUGGGCAAUAUUUUACCAGCACCAAACCAACCUGCAGUGAUCAACUCCAAGAUCCUGACAGUGACAAUCCGACCCGAAUUACAACCCAGUGAUCCUGUGGUGGUGGUGGAGCUUGCUUCCCUUUUCAAUGGUACAUCCGAUGCUCAGUGUGUCGUCUGGGACUACAGCAACCCGGAAGCUGGCGCUGAAAACUGGGGCACAGGAGGCUGCCAAACACUCACAUCAACCACUGUCCAAACCAAAUGCCUGUGCAGCAGGAUAUCCACCUACGCUGUGUUAGCGCAGCAAGCUAAAGAGCCGGAAAUGGGUCCCACCAGCAUGCCCUCGGUGCCCCUCAUGGUGGGCUGUGGGGUCUCCUGCACUGCUCUGCUGAUCCUGCUUCUUAUCUAUGCUGCCUUCUGGAGGUAUAUCCGCUCAGAGAGGUCCAUCAUCCUGGUGAAUUUUUGCCUUUCCAUCCUAGCCUCCAAUUUAUUGAUUUUGGUGGGACAAUCACAAACGCUUAGCAAGGGCCUCUGUACGGUGACUGCUGCCUUUCUCCAUUUCUUCUUCUUGGCCUCUUUCUGCUGGGUGCUAACAGAAGCUUGGCAGUCCUACCUGGCGGUCAUUGGCAAAAUGAGGUCACGACUCAUUCGCAAGCGCUUUCUGUGCCUCGGCUGGGGUCUUCCAGCCUUAGUUGUAGCAGUGUCGGUCGGGUUCACCAGAGCAAGAGGUUACGGCACUGUCAACUAUUGCUGGUUAUCCCUUGAAGGAGGUUUGCUCUAUGCCUUUGUUGGACCUGCUGCUGUCAUUGUAUUGGUGAAUAUGCUCAUUGGAAUCGUGGUGUUUAACAAGCUCAUGUCUCGAGACGGCAUCUCAGACAAGUCAAAAAAGCAGCGAGCGGGUGUCCCGGUGGAGGCGCGUAGCCGACUUCUCCUGAAAUGCUCCAAGUGCGGCGUGAUCUCGAGCACAGCACUCUCCAGCUCGACUGCCAGCAGCGCCAUGGCGUCUCUGUGGAGCUCCUGUGUGGUUCUUCCUCUGCUGGCCCUAACUUGGAUGUCAGCUGUGUUGGCCAUAACAGAUCGCCGCUCGACACUUUUCCAGGUCCUCUUUGCCGUCUUUGACUCGGUCCAAGGUUUCGUAAUCAUCACCGUGCACUGCGCCAUGCGGAGAGAGGUGCAGGAUGCGAUGCGUUGUCGGAUGGGGGGAUGUAAAGACGACAGCGAGAACUCCCCAGACUCCUGCAAGAAUGGACAGGUGCAGAUCAUGAAGGGUCCAAAUGCGGCCUAUUGUGAGCAGCAGUGUGGCUCCCUGCAUUACGGCACACGCCCAUGCGCAACUGGGUGCCACCCACAGUUCCUCCCGCCAACGUGCCAGCAGCAGGCCUGUUGUCACAGUCUACCCCGCAAUGACCGCGGGCUUGACCACAGCUGCGUUUUUGACUAUCCGCAUGAGCAAAGCCCCAUGCCAGACAAUAACCACAAUUGCAACCACAAUUCCAGCCAACCAACCGAUUUUGAGAAGGACGUGGACUUGGCAUGCCAAACAGAGAGAGGACACCCAUUCAUUUUCAAGGAGGUGAACACCUGUAACCCAGCCACCAUCACUGGCACCUUGUCCCGGAUAUCCCUGGAUGAUGACGAUGACCCCAAACUUGCUGUUCAUCAGGACGGGGGAGUUGGGGUUAACUUCAGCUCCCUUCCUGGGAACAUCCCGCCUCCCAACCUUAUUGUGCAGGUUCCACCACUUGGAGGGCUCAAUGAGCUGAGCGAGACACCACUGAAGAAGGAGAUGAACGUCGAUCAGCAGAGACAACAGGCGCAGCAGCGUUGUGGCGCGCCAAUCUACUUGUGCACCGAGAGUGGCCUGGGGUGGGCAAGACCGCCCGGGUCCUCCAACACCUCCCAGGAUGGAAGUGCUGGGAGCGGGGGGAGUGGCGGCGGAGGAGGCAGCGGAGGAGAGGGUGACUACAUGGUCUUACCUCGACGGACAGUCAGCAUCAAACCUCCAACGCCGUCCUCCCAAGGAGGAGGCCUGGGACUGGGAGGCGAAGAAAAGCCUCUCAACAUCGCCGUGGAGGACCCCCCCUUCCCUCCUCCCCCCUCUCCCUUGACCCUCCAUCCUGCCGAGAGCGAGGCCUACCCGGCGGACUUUGUGCCCUCCAGUGUGGGCGACAUGAACAUCAACAUGAACCUGAACCGCUCCUACGGGACAAUCAAAACGAUGCCGCACGGACACAGCCACGUGAUGGCUCCGGGUGGUCUCGUACGCUCCCACGGGGGGCACAUGCAUACUCAUGGGCAUUCGCUCCAGCUGAAGCCAGGCCAGAGGCCUUCAGUCAGACAAAUUCUGACAGGGGGAAGCACGAUGGAGAGAACCAGAACCCUGCCACGUAACCUGGGCAGCAAUAAUGCCAAUGCUAGCCACUCAGCAGGAUCCCUCGAGAGGAAAAGAGUGCGAUACUCUGAGCUGGACUUUGAGAAAGUGAUGCACACUCGCAAAAGACACUCUGAGCUGUACCAUGAGCUCAACCACUCCUCCAAGUUCCACACCAUAGACAGGUAUAGCAGGGACCCAGCCAUGUCCACAUUCAAGAGGGAAAAGCGAUGGAGCAUUUCAUCUGCUGGAGGUGAAAAGAACUCAUCCAGUGACAAGUCAACCCCGGAAGACAGAAGCUCGUGGGACAGUUUUAAGACCAUGACCCCUGAGCUGACCAUCAUGCCAGGGGAGCAGAAAGACCGCAUGGAGCUUCACAAUAAGAACUGGGACUCGUCUUCUGCAAAUACUCCAGAGUCAUCUGAGGGUGACUUCCAGACUGAAGUGUGAUCACACUCCCAUGUCCACGCACACAUCAAGACACUGAACUCCAGAAGAGAUUUACUUCAAAACACACUUGAAAAUACACACACACACACACACACACACACACACAUCUCCUGCAACAUGCUCUGUUGGAUUCCGGGCUCACUUUGUUUACUGCUGCAGUGGACAGACAUGAAGAAAAGACUGUUCUAAUCUAUAUUUUCACAGAGACUACUCAAAAGAUAGAACAGAAACUUCACACUUCUGUGACUGAAGACCAUUUUUAAGUGAACGAAGAAACUAUGAAAGUGUAUUUCAGAGAAAAUGUUUAUUGCGGACAGCAACAACAACAAAAAAAUAAUAAAACAGUUACUUGAUUUUC